ACGAGUAGCCAGCACCACCAGCGUGUUGUGUACACUGGAAAACCUCCAUGCUGAAAUAGCCAAAGAAGAAAUAUGUGAUAAAAUCAAGACGUAAACAAUCGGAGUCAGUUUAUCUAACCGGAAGUGUAAUCUCCUUUAUUUGAACGUGCGUCACUGACGUUCAUUCUUCUUUUCUGAAGGAUAUCAACAGAUAAUCAGCCACCAUGAAGAUCAAGCGUCAGAAACAAGCCAAGAAAACAAUAAGUUUCUACAAAUACAACUUCAGCUUCAGGCAGCCUUUUCAGAUCCUGAUCGACGGGACGUUUUGUCAGGCGGCUUUAAAAAACAAGAUUCAAAUCAAAGAGCAGAUGCCGAAAUACCUGAUGGGAGAAGUGCAGCUCUGCACCACCAGCUGCGCACUCAAAGAGCUGGAGACUCUGGGGAAAGAGCUUUAUGGAGCCAGAAUCAUCCUGCAGAGGUUUCAGUCGAGGAGAUGUGCACAUUUAAAGAGUCCUGUUCCUGCUUCAGAGUGUCUGCUGUCCAUGCUGGAGGAGACAAACCCACACCACUACUUUGUUGCUACACAGGACCACGCACUGACUGACGGCCUGAAGAAGAUCCCCGGCGUCCCCCUGCUCUACAUCAUCCUCAACACCAUCGUGCUGGACAAGCCGGCGCAGGCGUCCCUCGACCGCGUCCAGGCCGUGCAGCUGGGCGAGCUGGUGAGCCCCGCCCAGCAGAAGAGCAUCCGCAGCCUGAAGGAGGAGCAGGGGAUCACCGGCCAGCAGGACGGAGAGAGGAAGGGGAAGAAGAGGAAGAGGAGGCAGAGCAACCCCAACCCUCUGAGCUGCUUGAAGAAGAAGAAGAAAGGUGGGCCGACGCCGCCGCUGAAGAAGGCGGCGGCGGCGGCAGGGGCGGACGGCGAGAAGAGGAAAAGAAGUCGGAACAAGAAACAGAGGACGGCGGGCGGAGACAACAUGGCUGCUCCUGUGGUGACAAACGCAUAAAAACACAAGAACACAAAGACUUUCUUUUCUCGUGUAAAUAUUGUAUGAGGAUGCCAAAGGUGAAAUAAUUAUUACACUCAGAAGUUUUGCAGUUUUCCAGUAUUAGUGCUUAGAACACAUCAGUUUUUAGUAGUUUACAAAAAUCCAUUUUAAAACACUGCUCAUGGUAUUUGUUUUUAUUUAAAAAUGUGCAACAGUAUCGAGGACUCACAGACAGCGGAGAGAAAUGUUCAGGAACAUACCAUGUAACAGUUACUCUUGUACAAAAUAAAAAAAAGACGCUUUACAGGCACAUGGUUUGGAUUUAAGAUGCACUCAAGACAUUUCAUGAUGAUUACAUUUUUUUUUUUAAACAUUUCAUUCAGCAGUCGAUGCAGAAGAGCACAGAAGAAGAAGAAGAAGAAGAAGUGCGACACAAUGACUUUGAUUUUUUUUUCUGUGUAAUUCGAUUCAUUUCUACCAAAUUCAACCGGCCACAUUCCUUCAUCAUGAGACGAGAGUCAGAACAACAAUUGUACAAAAUAUUUCCAUUCAGACGUCCUUCAAACUUUUUUCUUUACA